AGCGAUGCCGCCUCCCAGGCCUGGCUUCCCGUGCGCCUGGUUAAGCGGGCGCGUGCGCAGCAGGAGCGGCUGCCGGCGGUGGUACUGCUGCAUGCCACGGGGGCGAGCAAGGACAGCAUGGCGACGCAGCAAGCCGAGUUUGCUCGGCGCGGGUACCUGGCGGUGGCGGUCGACUGCAGAUACCAUGGAGAGCGCAGCGUGGAUUUGGAGGACUGCCGCGGCGGCUAUGAGCAGGCCCUGGUCAGGGCGUGGCGGCGCAGCGGAGAGCGCCCCUUCCUGCUGGAUAAUGUGUGGGACCUUCACCGCCUGCUGGACUGGCUGCAACACAGGCAAGGAGGCGGCGGCGCAAGCCGCCUGCCGCGCCUGGCUCGGCUGCCUGCACAACUCUGUCAGCCUGACGUGGAUGCUGCCCGCAUCGGCAUGACAGGGGUCAGCCUGGGCGGCAUGCACACCUGGCUGACGGCGGCGGCGGACGUGCGUGUGGCUGUCGCGGCGCCCAUGAUUGGUGUGCAGCACUUUGGCUGGGCGGUCCAGCAGCAGCAGUACCACGGCCGCGUGGGCAGCAUACCCCUUGUCUUCCAGGCAGCUGCAGCAGACCUCGCACAGCAGCAGCAGCAGGGCACUGCAGCAGGUGCUGAAGUCAGCCCAGAGGUGGUGGCGGCGGUGUGGGAGCAGCUACUGCCUGGCUUGCUCGAUCGCUACGAUGCCCCUCAUUCGCUGCCGCUGCUUGCCCCCCGCCCGUUGCUGGUGGCCAAUGGGGAGGUUGACCCUCGGUGCCCAAUGCAGGGCGUGGAGGUAGCGAUGGAGGCUGUUCGAGCGGCAUACGAGCGUCACGGCGCCGCAGACAAGCUGCAGCUGUAUGUGGUGCCUGGCUGCGGGCACGAGUGCACCGCCUGCAUG